UCACAGCACAGCGAUGGCUCCCAAAUCUCCAGAAGCCUCCUGCAGCAUCCUCCUGGCCGUCGCUGCAAUUUCCCUUUUUCAGCCGUCGUCGUGCCAUCCCGCUGCCAGUGCUGCUACGUCUCCAGUCCGUGGUGAGUCCGCGCAUUUACACAGCGUCCAUCGUAAAGAUGAAGUGCCGGUGGUGCAAGCGGACGGACGGAUGAGGACGGAAGACAGUCCGACACCGGACCAUGUGACGAACGGAAGGAAGUUACUCCAGAUGCCAGGAGCUGCACUUCCUUUCCCGCCCCUCAAGGUGUUGUCCAACGGGAGGCCGUGCGUGAUGUUCCAGGCCAGGAGGUUGUCGCUGCGUUACGAGAGGCGGAAGCAAGUGGACCUGACCGAGCGAGCCUUCUCCCCUCCGAAGUCCGUGGACACCAGCCAGUCGGUGUGCCGCCACGACAGAGCCACGCUGGUGAUGAGAUUUGGCGAUGUGGACGAUUUGAGAGGCCUCGCCAUCAGGCUGCAGCUGUCCAACACCUUCUACGAGGCGUCGGGCCAGUGGUGGUUUUCUGUGGACAGCGUCUCGGUGGUCUACAACGCCUCGCAGGAAGCCGUGUUCAACGCCAGCGACGUGUACGCGCCGUCCUCGUCCUCGUAUCACUGCUCGCACGUCAGCAGCCUGGAACGCCACAGCGCCCUCCUGAUGCCCGGCAGUGACAACGCCCGUCGCUGGACACUCACCUUCGUCGACUUCCAGAUCCAGGCCUUCAACGUGACGUCGGGCAGGUUUUCGCCAGUGAGCGACUGCGCCGCCGUCCUGACGCCGGCCAUCCUGAUGGGUCUGGUGACGUCGCUCAUCCUGCUUCUGGUGCUGGCCUACGCGCUGCACCUGCUCGUCCACCUCAACCGCAUCGAGAACGACCGCGAGCGCAAAGCCCGCCGCCAUUUCCUCCCGAGCCCGGAACAGCUGGAACGCUGCUGCGCUGAAAAUGGAGCGGAUGAGGAUGUUCCCUAGCGGGAGCCGGACUUUUAUGGAAGUUUUGGCGUACUAUUCGAUUUGCCUUUAUAAGAAAUAUAAUACAAAUAUUUGUACCUAUAUUGAGGCGGCAAUAUUUUUGUUUUAAUAAAACCGUUUAUUAGCUGGAUGAAGGCAAUGUUUUCUGUUUUCUUGAAAAUGUAUGUAUUUUUUGGGGGGGAAAUUAUUUUACUUUUAUUGCACGACCUCAGAAUUGUUUUUGGAAAAAUUUCCUUGAAAAAUUGUCUUUGAAAAAUGACAACUUUUUCGAAUUACAGCUUUUAUCACAGAAUAUUUGGGCUUUUUCUUCUUUUUUUGCAGAAUAUUACAACUCUUUUCUUGAAAGAUAAAAACUGCUCUUGAACCAUUUUAAGAUUAAAGUUUUUUUUCUAGA